UAAACAAUAAGCAUUCGUCAACCAAACUUUACGCAACAGAAAUUCGCCGAUUACGAGCAAUAUAAAUGGCUGUUUUUGUCAUUGUUCUUAUAUGUUUAACUGUUUUUCACGGAGUUAAAUGUCGUCCUAACGGUGCACCUAGUUCACAAUGCGUGAGUAUGAUGCCAAACCACGGUGCUGUCUCUCAAACAGUAGCUAGUCCAUAUCAAGUCAAGGUUGAUAAAGCCUAUUACAUGUAUGGCAAGAAAGUCAAUGUAUCAAUCGAAAGCUCAAAUGUCAGUAUCAAAGGUUUUCUUAUUCAAGCAAGGCCAGUCGGUCAAAACAGUGCAAUCGGUAUGUUUUCAAGACUACCAGGAAAUACAAAGUUCGUAAGUUGUGGCAACAACAAGGGUGCUGUCACCCACUCCGCUCGCCUUAAUGUAAGGACGUUGACAUUUGAAUGGGAGCCACCAAAAGGAAUAUCAAGUAAUAUAUCUUUCUACGCUACCGUCGUAAAGGAUUUUUCCACAUUCUGGGUGCAAAUUCAGUCUCCUGAACUCCAUAUAAAGGUAAAAAAUCCUUCUACUUCAAAUCAGACGACAUCGCCAACAACCAUGAAAUAUAGAUAUACGGAUAAAAUGAGCUGCAGUAAUUUAUUUUGACCUACCCUAAAUCCGCCACUGAGCACUAGAGAAUGACGUUUGCCUG